UUUUGUUUUGAUAUUAUUGGCCUUCUUUGGUAUUCUUACAAUCAAACGUCAACAUGGUUAACAAAGCAACAGCUACAAUCGGAUAUCCCAGAAUUGGACUCAAUAGAGAAAUGAAAAAGGCUUUGGAAGCCUACUGGGGAGGUAAAAGUUCGCUCGAUGAACUUUUGAAAGUUUCCAAACAAGUUGAAGAGGAAUCACUGAAGGACCAAAUGAAUGCUGGUAUUCAACUUAUUGGAGUGGGUGACCAUACAAUGUAUGAUCACGUGCUGGAUUGGACAUUCCGUCUGGGUUUGAUUCCAGACCGUUUCAAGCAGGUUCAGAAUCCGAAAGAUAAAUAUUUUGCAAUGGCGAGAGGAAACAAAGAAGGUUUACAAGCACUGGACAUGAGUAAAUUCUUCGACUCCAACUAUCACUACUUGGUCCCCGAGUUGAACGCGCACUCCAAACCUUCUCCUAGUUUUGAAGAGUUUUUGGAUGAAAUUUCCAGAGCUCAGCAGCAGAUUGGAAAGGAACGAGCAGUGCCCAUCGUUUUUGGUCCGGUUACGUAUGCACGUUUGGCUCGUUGUGAAGGAGUUUCUGUAGAUGAGAUGAUAAGUCGUUUGGUGCCUGCAUAUGUUAGUCUUUUGAAUAGUCUAAAAUCACUUCAAGUUCCUGAGGUACAGUUGCACGAACCUGGUUUUGUUCUGGGUGAUGCAGAGACUUUGCAAAAGGCUGCAGAGGCAGCUUAUCAGGAGCUAGCUAAAGUGCAGGUACCUAUCAAUCUGGUAACUUAUUACGACGACUUGGGUAAAACGUAUCCCUGGGUUGUCAAGUUACCAGUUCAGACAAUUAGCAUGGAUUUUGUUCGUGGUGAUAACUUGUCUCUUGUGAAGAAGCAUGGCUUCCCUGCAGAUAAGAAACUUGGUGCUGGUGUAUUGGAUGGUCGUUCUGUAUGGAAGGAUACAGGAUACGCUGCACAAGUAAUCAAGGAACUUGAGGCUAUUGUCAAAUCAGCUAUCGUUGUUCAACCAUCUUGUUCGUUGAUGCAUGUUCCUCUAGAUGUCAAUUCCGAACCUUCCUUAGAUAGUAGUUUGAAGUCUCGCCUGAGCUUUGCUCGUCAAAAGAUCGCCGAACUUGGUGUGGUUGCCAGUGGGAAGUCGGAUGGAGCAAGUAGUGGUUCAAGUGGGGCAACUAGUCAAGAUCUAGAAGCUACUUUGGACAAGUCCAUGUUUUCUCGUUGUGAACCAUUUAGCAAGCGUCGCAGUCAACAAUUUACUGUUCCUGGUGGUUUUGGUACUACCACUAUUGGUUCAUUCCCUCAAACUCCUGCGGUUCGAAAACUUAGACUUCAAUAUAAGAAGGGUCAAGUUUCUGAAGAAGAGUAUCAGAGACAAAUUGAUCGCCAUAUCUCAUUUGCUAUUGGUGUACAAGAGGCUUUGGGAUUGGAUGUUUUUGUACAUGGAGAGUCAGAACGCAGUGAUAUGGUGGAAUACUUUGGCCAAAAGCUUCGUGGUUUUACCUUUACAGAAAAUGGUUGGGUCCAGUCUUAUGGUUCAAGAUACGUGAGACCUCCCAUUAUUUAUGCCGAUGUUUCUCGUAUUUCACCCAUGACAGUUCGUGAGUUUGUGGUCGCACAGUCUAUGACGAACAAGCCAGUAAAAGGCAUGUUGACUGGUCCAGUUACGAUUCUCAACUGGUCUUUCCCACGUAAGGACAUUCCUCGCAAGCAACAAGCUUUACAGAUUGCGUUGGCUCUUCGUGAUGAGGUUGCUGAUUUAGAAAAAGCCGGAUGUGCUAUUAUUCAAAUGGAUGAACCAGCACUACGUGAAGGGUUACCACUCAAGAAGGAACGAUGGAACGAAUAUUUGGACUGGGCUGUGAAAUCAUUCCGUCUUAGUACCGUCGUUGCGGCACCCAAAACUCAGAUAGUUACCCAUUUAUGUUACAGUGAUUUUCAAGAUAUUUUAGAAGCCAUCGAUCAGAUGGAUGCGGAUGUAUUGACUAUUGAAAAUAGCCGUAGUGAUGAUGCUAUGUUGCGUGCACUCGCUCAAUAUGGUUAUGCUCGUGAUAUAGGACCUGGAGUUUACGAUGUGCAUUCACCAGCUGUUCCCAGCACCGAAUUUUUAGUGAAGAAGAUGGAAGGAUUCAAAAAGUCUGGGAUUCUUUUGGAACGUUUGUGGAUCAAUCCAGAUUGUGGUUUGAAAACGAGACAAUGGGAAGAAGUGAUUCCUUCUUUGAGAAAUAUGGUAGAUGUUGCUGUUCAAUUACGCAAAACCACCAAGAAUGGGAUAUAAAUGCCAAUAAAUGCUUUUUUGUUUGUUUUACCAAAAUGAAUAGAGAGAGAAAUUA